UGGGCUAGGCCUUCAGAGCACCCUGCUAGGAGCCGGGUGAGGGCUGAGGAAGGAGGACGGGAACCCAGGCACGUCCUUGCCUUUGAAGGACGCCGGUCAAACCUGUUUGAAUUGCACCUCCCUGUGUUAUUAGGGUUCUGGGAAAAGGCCUGCUCCCCCAGUCUGAGUUAGCAAAGGGGCCAAACCCAAAAGUGGGAUUUUAUUACUAGUCAAGCCCAUUUAGUAAUUAAAAGCGGAGCUGACAGAGUUACUGAUUAAUUCCUAAAGAGUAUGCUUUAAAAACAAUAUGAUGAUCAUUGUCCUCCAGAACAGGGAUGGAAGAAAUACCGGCCCAGGAAGUAGCAGGAUCACCAAGGGUCCAGUUUCAGUCUUUGGAGACCCCGUCUGAGGGUUUGUCCCUAGAGCCUCAGUUCCUGCAGGACACCGACAUGGAACAGGGACUGACUGGGGGUGCCUGCUCUUCCCCACGAGGGAAGCCCAGGAAACCAGGCAGCUGCGCUCCUGACAGCCAGGUACCAGGAUUUCCAAUUUCCAAGUCUGAUGGAUUUUCCCAGCUGGAGCGAGAUCUGCAGGUCUUUGAUCUGGAAACUAAGAAUAGAGAAGGCUUAAAAGAUGACUGCUCAGAUGGAGAGACCAGAGAAGAGAACAAGCUGUUGAUUCCUAAGCAGAACAUUUUGGAAGAAGCACACUCGUACAAAGUGAGAGUAGGAAGACUCAAACAGGAUAUUGCCCAAGUUCCUGAGACUAGAGAAGUAUGUAAGUCUGAGGACAGAUUAGAAAAGCUUCAGGAAAUCCUAAGGAAAUUUCUCUUCCUGGAGAGAGAGUUUAGGCAAAUAACAAUCAGCAAGAAAACCUUCACCAGUGACAAGAACAACGAAUGUAAUGAACCUGAAAAAGGCAUUGGUCUGGAUCCUACCCUUGAUACAGAUCAGAGGGUUCUUAGAAUACAGAAUGUUGAUGACAGUGAUAAGUACAACAUGAACUUCAACCAGAAUUCAGCUGCUGGUAAACAUGAACAUAUAAACCUAACACACAAUUUUCAGAAUAAUGACUAUAAGGAAAGCUUAUUGGAUCUCUCCCAUGUUAGUAAAUGGGAAAGCAUUUCUACCACUGAGAAAUCCUAUAAAUGUGAUGUAUGUGGGAAAAUCUUCCACCAGAGCUCAGCCCUUACUAGACAUCAGCGAAUUCAUACUAGAGAAAAACCCUACAAGUGUAAAGAGUGUGAAAAAUCUUUCAGUCAGAGCUCAAGUCUUAGUAGACAUAAAAGAAUACACACUAGAGAAAAACCAUAUAAAUGUGAAACAUCUGAAAAGUCCUGUGAAGCAUCUGGUAAAUCAUGUAGUCAGAGCUCAGACAUAAUUCAGCAUAAGAAAACUCGCACUAGAGCCAAAUCUUACAAAUGUAGCAGUUGUGAGAGAGUCUUUAGUCGUAAUGUACACCUUAUUCAACAUCAGAGAAUUCACCAAGAGAUGCCCUGUAAGUGUACUGAAUGUGGCAGUGACUUCUGUCAAACUUCUUACCUAGUUGAACAUCAGAGAGUCCACUGUGAAGAGAAAUCCUAUGAGUAUGAUGGAUGUGGAUUGGCCUAUAUUAAACAUCAAGGAAUUUGUUUUAGAGAAAAGCCUUAUACAUGUAAUAAAUGUGGAAAAGACUUCAGACUGAAUUCACAUCUUAUUCAGCAUCAAAGAAUUCACACAGGAGAGAAACCACAUGAAUGUAAUGAAUGUGGGAAAGUUUUUAGUCAAACUUCAUGCCUUAUCGAUCAUCACAAAAUACAUAAGAAAGAGAAAUCGUCUGAAUGUAAUGAUUAUGAGGAAAGUUUCAGCCAUAGCUCAGAUCUUAUCCUGCAACAAGAGGUCCUCACCAGAGAAAAAGCUUUUGAUUGUGAUGCAUGGGAAAAAAACUCCAGUCAGAGAGCACACCUUGUUCAACAUCAAAGAAUCCAUACCAAAGAGAAACCUGAUGAAUGUAAUGAACAUCAGAAGACGUUUGGUCACGUUCAUGCCUCAUUCAACAUCUGAGUGUUCAUAUCAGGGAGAGAUCAUGUGUAUACUAAAUGUGAUAAAGCCUUCAGUCACAGCUCAAUCCUUACUCAGCAUCAGAAUUCACAACAGAGAAACCCUCUGAAUGUUACAGGAAAGGUAUCAGUAGUAAACUCUUAAAUUGAUUAUUGAAGACCUUUACCAGUAAAAUCUGUGAAUGUAUUGAUGUGGUAAAUUAUUCAUGCUAUUUUCACACCUUAGUCAUAAUUGGAGAAUUCAAACUGGAAUAAAAUUCCAUCACUGAAAUUAUUGUGAAAAAGCCAUCAGUCAAACUACAUUGUCCAGUGUCAAAACUCAUGCCAUGCAGAAAACCUAUGAAUGUAAUAAAUGUGUAUGUGUGAGGAGAUUCAGUCAAUCCCGUGCUCAUUCAACAUCAAAGAGUUCAUACCCAAGAAAGGUCAUUUGAAUAUAGUAAAUGUGGCAAAUCUUUCAAGAGACCUUCAUCUGGUCUUUAUCCCAGUAAGAAUGUCCACACUAGAUAAGAAUCUGAUACGAUGCAAAUAGAAAAAUUUGCCACCAUAUUUCAGGCUUUAUGCAACAUCAGAGAGUUAUAGAGAAAACUGUUGAUUAUUUGUAUAUGAAAUUGUUAAUAUAUAGUCUUAAUCUUUUUCAUUACAGAAGAAUUUGGUUUGAGGGGUGGCCUGGUGAAUGCAGAGCCAUUUUCUCAUGGCAUUCUUUUAUUAGAAAAAGUGAUCUGAGUAGAUGUGCAUAUUUUAUUUAUAGAACUCAUUUAAGCUAUUUUAAUUUUAAUAUGGCCUAUACACAUGUUAUUUUUUCUGAAAUUGGUUCUAGUUGUUCACAGCUUCCCUAAGAAAUUGUUAAAGGUAUUGUUAAUGCACCAGUGUUCAAACACAUCAACUUCUGGGAAGUAGCUCAUUUUACUUUUCUAUUAUUCUCAGCCCAAGUUCCCUCUAAAACAAACUCUUUGGGCUGCUCUUUUCUAAGGACCCUAUGUGUAUUUCUGUAUAGCCGCACACUUGGAUUCCUGUUGAUUUCUCCAGUUGCUUAAGCACCUUCCUAUGAUGGCUUCCUAGUUUUAAGUUUUUUACCAGCAAGUAUGCCGUUCCUACUUAAUGUUGCUGGUCUGCUGUCUUUUCUAAAGCAAAACAUCUUCUUUUAAAAGAAUUGGAUUUCCACAUCCAUCUCAUUCUUAAGUAUGAGGGAUUCUGUUUCCCAUGAGUUUGUGGCAGGCAGCUAAACACUUCCAAAUGAUGUCUAGGUUUUUAGCUGUCUUAUCUGCAUCCACAGCCCUCUAAGAGAGAUGAUAAGGACAUCAGGAAGCCAACAAGACUCCUGGUGGCCUGGAUACACUCAGUGCCUAUUUUGCAUGUAGAAUGUGUAGAAUUCUUUUAUAUACCUCUGUCAAAGGCCAGCAGAAUGCUCAGGUCUGCUUUUGAUAGUGCAAACAUAUGAAAAAAUUAGCUUCAUAAGGAUAUGCAGCCUUACAACAAAGAUGUGCUGUUCGUAUGUAACAUCUCUAGAGACAGUAUUUUUAAAAAAGUGGCAGUUCUGUUCUUGUUAAAAUUUUAACCAUUAGGAUUGCUUCUUUAUCUGUUUGGAUCUGUGCCAUUCCCCCUUUCUCCAAAUCUCCCCUCAUCAAUUCAGGAAAGUAUUUGAAGUAUGGGAGCUUUGUGUAUAAUUGUUUAUUCAUUAUCACAUUUUUGUAUUUUAAUAGAGUACAAAAUAACAUAAAAUAACAUGCUUUUUUGAUUAGUAAAAGUGAUCAUAGAUGUUGACUUUAGAGUUCGGUGUCACUAUCACGUACUUAGCAAGAGUUCAUGAUUCUUUAGGUGAUGUCAAAACAUUUUAUUAUAUUUCCACCUUAAGCUUAAUAACAUUUUGUGAAUAAGACAUGCUUUAAAAUUCUAUUUGCCAAUCCAGCACUCGAGAUUUCCAUAAUUCAGGAGUUAUUUCACUAAGGAUCCUCCACAAAUAUAUAAAAAUUUAUUGUUCACUCUAUAGGCCUCUUGUGGCUAACCUCUAGGAUAGUUCUGCCACUGUAUUUUACUUCUUUGCAAUCACCAAGCAUAAGCUCUCAUCAGGGCAACUUAGGAAUCUAAAUAAAGUUGAUACAGAUGAAUUGAGCUAAAUGUAAAAGCAAAUGAAAAAUAUGCAUGUUUUUUUUUUUUCUUUCAAACAUGUAUACCCUUAUAGAGACCAGUAGUCCUUUCUUCUGACUAUGGAAAAGGAUAAGUAAUCCCUAAAUAGGAUAUGUAAAAAUCACAUGUAUGCAUUUGGCUUUAGGAAUGUGCUUUUGUACUUCCAUUUGAAUAAAGAUGUGUGUUGAUACUCUUGAGAAUCUG